CAGAAGAAGACCUUGUCUUCUGGGACCGUGACUGCAGAGGGGUGUAACUAAAGAAAAUUAAAAGCGGGUGUAACCCACCGACAUUAGUUCUCUCUGCAGCUGCAGUGGUUCUACUUCACGAUGAGCUGUUUUUGGGGCUUUUGUUGCUGAGAGAACUUACACCAGAGUCCUUAAAAGUGAGGUGUGUGUGUGGAACACGGCCUGAGGAAGAGGAGGCAGCUGAUGAAGAGAAGAACAAAUAUCUGUCAACAGCACACACAUCGGCGAAUAAAGCGGCCGAGGAUCACGGAGGAUGUCUCAUGGAAGGGGACAAGAUGGCCGAUCAGUCCUGGGGGUGUUGGCCGUGCAGGUGGAGCGAGACCCAAAGACCGGGACCACCUGCGUCAGGUCUGUGGCCCCCGUGUCGGCGGCGGCGGGCGUUUCCACGGCGACCACCGUCUACGACGACGGCAGGAAGUGCGUCCGCGCCGUGGGCGGCUCGGGGGGGCGGCCCUCGAGCUCGGAGCUGGACCAGAUCCUCAGCGCCGCCGCCGGGGUCGGGAUGAAGGCUCUGCUGGACGACGUCCCGGGGACGGAGGACGGGGACGCCGGCGGACGUCCACAGGGAAACGUUGUGUCGUUUUCUACCCAGCAUGCAACGGGAAAGGAAGACAGAUCGCAGGACGGAGGCAUGACGGCGGUGAGAGACAUUGCAGGACCAGUUGAGGACGUGGAGGACCUGAGUUUGGACGCAGGCCCGGUGACUCUGGUGUUCCUGGGAUACGCCGACGGGGACGGAGAGGACGCCGGAGACGCCAGCGAAGGCAUGCUCACGGCGGAGCGGGUGAUCAUCACCGACGAAGGAGAGGAACACGUCCUAGGACCUGAGGACGGGAGGAAAGAGUCCCGAGUGUUUCAGGACGUCCCCCUGGACGGAAACGGGGCAGGGGUCAAAGUCCCGGGAGAGGACGGGUCCCCAGGGCCGCAUCGUUCGUCUCCGCCCGCUAAAUCAGACGGAGACGGCGCUAACAAACGCAAAACCUGCCGCUGCUGCUCCGUCAUGUGAGGACACGACAGGAGAGGACAGGAGAGGACAGGAGACAGACAGUCCCACAUCCGCCUUUACCACGAUAUUUGUAAUGUUUGAGCUUUCUGUUGAAAGUUGAGAGAAACUCAGAGAGAAGAGACAAUAACGUUGAAGAAUUGACCGAUUAAAAUACCUCGAAAAAGCAACAAAAACAUUGGUACACGCAUCAAAAACGUCCCGCAGAAACCAGGAAAAAGUUUGGAAAAAAAAACUUUAAAAAAAAGCAGAGAGAAUCUCAGAAAGAAGCGAAUUUUGAGCUCCUAUUUUUGGGACAUAAAAAAAAUUUGACCUGAAGACAACAUGAGAAGGUCGUAAUUUUGGGCUGGGAUCCCAAGCUAUCGAGGGAGGUCCCGGGACACGUCUGCGUGUUUUGAAAAAAGUGUGAAAAACGUUGGAAAAAAACUUCAAAAAAAGUUGACAGAAACUCCGCAAGAAGCGAAAAUAAUGUUGAAGAAAUGUCUGAUAAAAUACCUCGAAAAAGUUGAAAACGCAUCAAAAACGGCCCAAAAAAAGACCAGAAUUUGAUUAUUUCCCCUGUAACUUACGCCCAUGGCUGACUCAACUAAUCGAUUAAUGUCUAAUUAAUCAAUUAGUGGUAUUAGUUGUAUUCGAGGUAGUUUAUUGGACAAUUCUUCAGCGUUAUUGUAGCUUCUUUCGGAGUUUCGGUCAACUUUUUUAUUGAAGGUCUUUUCAAAGUUUUGCACACUUUUUGAACGUUUUUGAUGCGCUUUCAAAUUUUCGUGUUGCUUUUUUUUCAAAGUAUUUUAUUGGAAAUUUCUUCGCUUCUGACUUUUCUGGCAACUUUUCAGUUUUUCACCCUUUUUUCAAAACACGCAGACAUGUCCCGGGACUUCCCUCGAUAGUUAUUAUGUGCUCGGAGUCGAGUGUUGACCCUCAUGUUGUCUUCAGGUUUGACCCGCUUUCAACUUUUUUUCUAUAUAUCCGAAAUGAAGGAACUGGAAAUACGGGUGAAAAAUGUUCGAAAAAGCAACAAAAUCAACGACAAAAAAAUCUAAAAUACCGGAAGAAAGUGUCAAAAGUGUCGUUGGAAAAGGUGACAAAGUAUAAGGGGAAGAGUGUCUCUUUCUGAGUUUCUGUCAACUUUUUUUGAAGGUUUUUAUCAAAGUUUUUCACGUUUUUUUUGGGACGUUUUAGAUGCGGUUUGAAGUUUUUUGUUGCUUUUUUUCGAGGUAUUUUAUCGGACAAUUCUUCAACGUUAUUGUUGCUUCUUUCUGAGUUUCUGUCAACUUUAUUUGAAGUUUUUUUUUAAGUUUUUCCAAAGUUUUUCACGCUUUUUUGGGGAUGUUUUUGAUGCGUUUUCAAUUCUUUUGUAGUUUUGUUUUUCAAGGUAUUUUAUCGGACAAUUCUUCAGCGUUACCGUCGCUUCUUUAUGAGUUUCUGUCAGCUUUUUUGAUUUUUUUUUUUUUAUAAACACGUAGACAUGUCCCGGGACCUCCCUCGAUAGUUGGAGAUCCCAACCCAAAAUUACAUCCUUGGAGUCAAGUCCAAUUUUUUACGUACGAAAUAAAUGAACUCGAAAUACGGGUGAAAAAUGUUGGAAGAACCGACAAAAAAAACAAAACUAAAAUUCAGGAAGAAAGUUUCAAAUUGUCGGAAAAGGUGACAAAAUACAGGGGGAAAAAGUGUCUAAAACACUGUCUUUAACAUGUAACAGAGUAUGUGUACAGUGUGGUAUUAGUACUUUUACUGCAGUAAAGAACCUGAAUACUUCUUCCACUGCUGCUUUACUUCACUUUGCCAAAGAGAGACACAUUUAACCUGCUCUCGGUGUUUGACAGACUCUUCAAAUCCUCUUCCUCCCUCUGGUGGACGAAGCCGGGAGUUUCCACACAGAUACACCAUCAUGCAGAUAUUACACCAUGCAGAUAUUACACCAUGCAGAUAUUACACCAUGCAGAUAUUACACCAUGCAGAUAUUACACCAUGCAGAUACUACUCCAUGCAGAUAUUACACCAUGCAGAUACUACACCAUGCAGAUAUUACACCAUGCAGAUAUUACACCAUGCAGAUAUUACACCAUGCAGAUACUACUCCAUGCAGAUAUUACACCAUGCAGAUAUUACACCAUGCAGAUACUACACCAUGCAGAUACACCACCA